CCACUUGAAGAACCAGAACCUUCUUUAUUCUUUUUCAGAACUAAACACACUAAAAGCAUAACUCAUAACUCAGUUCUAAACAGACUUCAUCUUCAUCCUCUAAACCAAAAACAACCAUGAAAAAGUCUAAAAAACCUUCACUUUCCUGGAUUUUCUUGCUGUUUUUAGCUUGUUCAUGUGUUUCUACAGCACAACAGCAAAAUCCCAUCAAGAAUAUUGUCGUUUUAGUGAUGGAAAACAGAUCUUUUGAUCACAUGAUAGGGUGGAUGAAGAACAGUGUCAACCCAGGAAUCAAUGGAGUAACAGGGACAGAGUGCAAUCCAGUAUCAACCAAGAACCCGACUCAUCAAUCCAUUUGCUUUAAAGAUGACGCAGAGUUUGUGGAUCCGGAUCCAGGCCACUCAUUUGAAGCCGUUUCACAGCAGGUAUUCGGCAACGGUUCAACUCCUUCAAUGACUGGUUUUGUAGAGCAAGCUCUAACCAUGUCAUCAAAUCUAUCAGAAACUGUAAUGAAAGGUUUUAGACCUAAAUAUGUGCCUGUCUACGCCACUUUAGUUCAAGAAUUUGCAAUAUUUGACAGAUGGUUCUCAUCAAUCCCGGGUCCAACUCAACCCAACAGAUUAUUCGUAUACUCCGCAACUUCUCAUGGCUCAACCAGCCACGUCAAGAAACAACUAGCACAAGGGUACCCACAAAAAACAAUCUUUGAAUCACUUCACGAGAAUGGAAUAAACUUCGGAAUAUAUUUCCAAAACAUACCAACUACUUUAUUUUAUAGGAACUUAAGGAAGCUAAAAUAUGUUUUUAAGUUCCACCAAUUUGAUUUGAAGUUCAAGAAGGAUGCUAGAGAAGGGAAGUUACCGAGCUUGAGUGUGAUUGAGCCGAGAUACUUUGAUCUGAAGGGUAUGCCUGCAAAUGAUGACCAUCCAUCUCAUGAUGUGGCUAAUGGUCAGAAGCUGGUGAAGGAGGUUUAUGAGGCGUUGAGGAGCAGUCCGCAGUGGAAUGAGACACUGUUGGUGAUUACUUAUGAUGAACAUGGGGGGUUUUAUGAUCAUGUUGAGACUCCUUAUGUUAAUGUUCCUAACCCUGAUGGGAACACUGGUCCGGCUCCUUUUUUCUUUAAGUUUGAUCGGCUUGGUGUUCGUGUGCCGACGAUUAUGGUCUCUCCUUGGAUCAAGAAAGGCACUGUGGUGGGUGGUGCAAAGGGACCAGCGCCAAAUUCAGAGUACGAGCAUUCAUCAAUCCCAGCCACCAUAAAGAAAAUAUUCAAUCUCUCUUCAAACUUCUUAACCCAUAGAGAUGCAUGGGCCGGCACAUUUGAAGGAGUUGUUCAGGAGCUAACCUCACCAAGAACUGAUUGCCCAGUGACCUUGCCGGAUGUUGCGCCAUUGAGAACUACGGAAGCAAAGGAAGAUGCCACCCUAUCUGAGUUUCAGAGUGAGGUAGUUCAACUUGCCGCGGUUCUUAAUGGUGACCAUUUCUUGAGCAGCUUCCCAGAUGAGGUGAGUACGAAGAUGAAUGUUAGAGAAGCUCAUCAGUACGUGAAAGGCGCUGUUUCGAGGUUUAUAAGAGCUAGUAAAGAGGCUGUUACUUUAGGAGCAGACGAAUCUGCCAUUGUAGAUAUGAGAUCUUCACUCACUACAAGAUCAUCACUUCAUAAUUAGAAGUCAUUUAUCUCUCACACCACACAAAUGUUUAACUUGGUCGAAGUAGGAAACAAUAAAGGAAGUUAUUUUUA